AUCGAGCAUCCCUCGAGUCAGUUCGUUUCUCAUUAGCUACCGGAAUACUUUCCGAGAUUUCGCUUCCAGAUACCCGGGAACUCUGAGGCAGUGUUUUGACAUCUUAUACUGGAUGAUGCUUUCACCAUCACUUCUUUGAUGAAUUAUGAGAGGGAAAGCAGAGGAGCUGGUACUAACUAUCGUUGUAGAGAUUAUAUUUAUCAGGUGCACGGUCACCUUCAUAUUACAAAAGAUAAGCCAUAGCCAUGGUUUCAGAAAUGCGCAGUUGUUUCUACGGUGAAAACCACUCUUCAGCAGCUGAACCAGCUCCAAUGUAUACUCCUUCGAGACCACUUCCUUUGUCCCCUCCAGGUGGGCAGAGUCCACCUUCUACGGCUGCCCAGUCACACAAGUCAUAUUUGGAUGAUUAUAUCUCUAACGGUUAUAAUGAGAGGUCAUCUACAGGUUAUUCUUCUCGUGAAGACUUCACCUACUUAUCAAGCAGUGCAAUAGCACACUCAUCGCACAAAAUUAGACCAGUAGCUGCUCAAUACAGAUCAGUACUACAGAAGAAUUGUAGUAGAAAUUCCUAUCCAAUUCAUCAAAAUCAGUCUUAUAUUCCUAGGUCUCAUUUGUUCAGUACUGAAAGCAGAAAUUCUGAGCAAUUUUGUAUCGCUGCUGGACACGUGUCGUCAUCAGAGAUAAAAGGUCGUAAAAACACAAGCAAUGAAGAGAAAUGUCAUAGUGAGCCUGAAAAACAAACAGCCUUUUUGCCUCUGAAUUCUCUUAACAAGACUUACACUGAUCUUAGUCAAUGUCGAACCACAAAAGGCGGAGAUAGAAUAUAUUCUGUUCGAUACAGUAAUAUUCAUGUACCUUCUCAUUCCUUUUAUUCAGAUCCAGAAACAUUUUUGUGUCCAUCAACAAAUAACAUGAAGAACUGCAUCACUUCUGAAGCAUCUCUUACUAGUGGGCAAACCAGUACAAAUAAAGUAAUACCUCACUUUGUUAAUACAGUAGCUGAUACAGAAAAGCGAGAGAGUAACAGAACUUCAAAUGCUUCCAUCAUAAGAACAAACGAACAACGUUCGCUGGAGAGAUCAACAUCUUCUUUACAUCACCUAAGUAUAGGCAUCUUAACCGUAAAUGCAUCAAAUAAGCAGUUGGAUGACUCAAAGUAUGAAAAUCAUCAUGCGGGGUCCGGUAACUAUGCUGAAACAGGUGGCAAAACAUCUGAACAACGAGAAACGUAUACAUACGAAACAUCUGAAGAUAAUAAAUCUGAAUGUAGUAAUUAUGAGAGUAAAAAGUGUGCAAAGAGACAAGCAUAUAACAGAGGACAAAAUACAAAACACGAAUACCAACCACAAGGUUCAGCAUCUUCUUCAAUCAGAGAACACUACGAUAGUGCUGAUAAACAUGAUAAUGGACAAAUGAACAUAAAUAGCUUUAAUUUAAAACCACAGAUAUUUAAUUUAGAAAAUGAAAAGCAAAAAAGUAUAUCAAAGAAUAAAACUGUGAAUCACGUGAUCUAUGAAAAAAAAGAUCAAUCGUGUAAUAAUCUAAAUGAUAAAAAGUAUAGUUUUGAAAGACGAUAUUCUUCAGGAGAACGAAAAAAUGCUACUAAUUUCGAACCAUUUAACUCAAAAGAUUCAAAAACAAUUAAUUUAACGUCCUGCGAAAAUUACAAACAGGAAUGUGAAACUAAUACUACAGAAGGUAUUUUCAAACCUUAUAGCCCUAUCGUUAAAAGUAAUCAGAACGGAAGAUACGACAAGGAAAGGUAUUGUGCAAGAAACGCCAAGUUAAACAUCGGCAGUAGUGACGGUGGCUCUGACGGAGAAGACGUUUGCUCUUCUGCCGCUUCAGCCUGCAGUGCAUCCCCAUCAUCUUCCACGGCAACUUUGGAGGGAGAUUCUCCAGAAGAUCUUCGACGACCAGUUGUAGAUAGUGACGACCAGCACGUUCCACAUGUAUUUGCUCCAGGCCAACACUCUCAACAACGUAGGUGCUUGUUAUGGGCUUGUAAAGCUUGUAAGAGAAAGUCUGCCACUGUAGAUCGAAGGAAAGCUGCCACUAUGAGAGAAAGGAGACGUUUAAGAAAAGUUAACGAAGCUUUUGAAGCGUUGAAAAGACGGACCAGUCAUAAUCCUAACCAAAGACUACCUAAAGUAGAGAUUCUGAGGAAUGCAAUUGAAUAUAUAGAAGGACUCGAAGACUUACUUCAUGGGCCUCCUAGCAGUAGAGAUGGUGAUUGCGAUAGUGGUGGAAGCGACUAUGGGGCCGUCAGUAGCCCUCCUUACCUCAGUGACCAGUAUCAGCGAUUUUCGGAAAGAACGCCUUUCACUGCUAUGAAUGAUGUUCCUGAAACCACUCCGAAUAAUGUAUCCAGUUUGGAUUGUUUAUCUCUAAUUGUCCAAAGUAUCAAUCCCUCCACAAGUUCUCUCCUAUCUGCAAUCACCAUGGAUGUUGAUUCUCCUGAUGCUGAGUCAUGACUGCUUCAUUUUGGAUAGCUAAGCACCACAACAGCGCAAGAGAUAUAACUGUUAAUUUUAUAACAUGAAUACGCAUUGAACGUUUUGAAGAAUUUAUUGAAAGCAUAUACAGUUAACAUGAAAUAUUAAAAGUAUACGUUUGUUUUAUUACCCUUUUUCGAAGAGAAAUUUUUUUUUCUUCCUUAAAGAAAAAUUAUAAUUAAGUUUUUUGUAUAAUUUCCCGCUUUGAGAUCUAGGUUCUUUUUUGCAUUAAGCUGAGAAAAGAAAUAAAUCUUAAUAAGGAGUUUGAGAAAAUAUUAAUUAGCUCUUUAAAUAGAAUUAAGUUUAGCGCUAAAGUGAUUUUUUUCAUUUAGAAAAUUUUAAAAAUAUUACUAAAGUAUUUUUACUUCAACAUCCAUAUUUAGAAUGUCACACUCUUCACAAAAAAAAAAAAAAAAAAAAAAAAAAAAAAAAAAAAAAAAAAAA